AUGUAUCCGCUGUUUUUCGUAGCUGCUACUGCAAGCAGGAAGCAGGCAACAGCAACGGCCUGUGCUGAGUCGAGUCUGACGGAAAAGGGAGAAAGUGCUGUGAUCCGGCUGACGAACGUUGAUGAAGCUUUGUGGGUGCGACACCUUGUAGUGAUAGGCUCGGAUGGUAGUAGCGACGUCUUGAUCUCGAACGUAACCAGAGCCGGAUCAGCAAGCAGUGUUGUUGACGAUGUUGAUGAAAGAGGGCAAAGGAGUGGACCGUGGAUUGCGAUGGAUGUCAAGUGUCGCUGUCCUAACGCCAACGCGUUUCUUCGACUCGGCCGGAAGAAAGUGGAUUGCCUGAGCAAAUAUCCGAAAAAUCGAUGGCAAAUAGCCGUCGCAGCGAACCGACCGAGUCAUGAGACAGUCACGAGUCACGAGUCAAGAGUCCGUGAGUUGUGA